CGAGAUUGGAUUGCGGCGUGCAUUGUUGUUUUGCAGUAGCUUCAAGUCGCUGGCUGCUCAUCGAUGUGAAGUAACGAAGCGACACUUGUAAUGGUUGCUCAUGUUACCUUCGGUCAGCUAUGUCUCUUCCGCAAAGCAACGCCGCCGGAGGGAUUCACGGGAUCCUCUUGAAACUUCACGAGUCACUCGCAGACGAGGACACCCGUCGUCCGUCUUUGAGAUGUCAAGAUCUAGUGCGAGACCUGGGCCACACGUGCAUGCUAACACCCACCGACAAUGAACUUGCCUUACAGACAUCUUUGCUGUUUUCAAAAGACUCUGGGCUGCUCGCCUUCCUCAAGAAGUCUUUGCCACAAAAUGAGCUACGGGAUGCCAGAAUUAAGACAUUGUGUUUUUUGGAGAAGUUUUUGGACAAGCUUUCUCCGAAGGUCAAAGGGUGGGAGACGACAUACGCCAUUGACAUAAGAGACACAUGUAUGAUGGUGUAUACAAAGGACAAAAUGGCCAAAAGUAGGACUGCGGCACUGGAACUUCUUAUUAAGGUUCUCAUAACAACAAAAGCUUCCACUGUGGUGGCGGAGUUGAGAAUUGGUGACAUAUUCACAAAAUUUUACAGCGAACUUUGCCAAAAGAGCAAACUUCCAGAUUCAGUCCUUAGCACCAUCUAUGAAUUGCUGGGAGUUGUUGCAGAGGUUCACCCCAGUGAGAUGGUCAACUACUCAGACAAACUCUACAAAGCCUAUCUGGGGGAGCUCAAAGAGCAGAUGACUUCUACAACAAAGGAGCCCAAACUGAUUGUAGUUGCUGGAUGUUUGAGAGGACUUACUGCUCUCAUGGUUAACUUCACUAAAACAAUGGAGGAAGACCCAGCUACAUCCAACGAAAUCUUUCAAUAUUCUCUGAAGGCGAUAAAUCCACAGAUGGAAAUGAGUCGAUACGCUGUACCGUUUGCUGGCCUUAGAUUGUUCUCCAGGCAUGCGUCCCAGUUCAGCCGUAGCCUCAUAACCCACUACAGAGAGGUGUUUGAUGCCAUGUCCAAGCUCUGUGGUCACAUCAACAAUGAGAUGAAAAAAAACAGUUACUAUGCACUCGAAGCCUUCCUCAAGCAGGUUUCCAUGCUCGUGGCGGAAAAUAUUGAAGAGCACAAAAGCAAGUUGAAGUUUUUCAUGCAAAAGUUUUGUAGCAUCAUAAAGACCAUGGAGUCAACCCACAAAGAAUUAUCCAUUGCCAUACGAGGAUAUGGAUUGUUUGCAGCGCCAUGCAAGAAAGUUUGCCCACAAGAUGUGGAGUUGAUGUACACAGAACUGAUUCAACGCUGUAAACAGAUGUACCUGACUGAGUCUGAUAGGGAGGACGAAAGCUUCUACCAGCUGCCCAGCUUCAUGGACUCUAUAGCGUGUGUCCUGAUUCACCUGGACAAGGUUCCAGAGGUGUACACUCCACUACUGGAACGCCUCCUUGUGGUGCAGAUUGACAACUUCCCUCAUUACAGUGAGAAAAUGCAGAUCGCUUGUUGCAGAGCCAUCAUUAAAGUGCUGGUGGCCAUGGCCUCGAAAGGACCUGUUCUGUGGAGUUUCAUUAGCUCUGUGGUGCACCAAGGAUUGAUUCGUGUUUGUUCUAAACCCAUCAUCAACCCCGAGGGCAAACAUAAUGAAAAUGAUUUGUUUGGCUCUUCUGAAGUUCAUAUUGGAAAGUGGAAGAUUCCGUCCAGUAAAAACUAUCUCGCCCUAUACAAAGACCUACUAGAUUGUGAUCGGUUGAAGGAUUCAGGAUUUUUGGACGGAGCUUUUGAAAGUCAGAAUGCAGCUCUUGUGUCCUUGAGUCGCAUUCUUUACGAUGAGCUAGUCAAAUCGAUUCUUCUAAUCAUUGAUAAAUUAGACUUGUCUUUGCAAAAAGUCGCAUCAGGAGAGGAGGCUCCAGGUGAUAUAUCUCAUGUCGCGUCUUCUUCUGACCCUGCCGCUCAUCUUUUGCCCAAUAAGAUGAAAGACUUCACUGCCUUGAUCAAUUUAGUGGACUUUUGCAGUGAGCUCUUGCUUCAUAAACAUGUCGAGUAUUUCCAGACUUGGAUGUAUCCCUUCAGCCAUAAACUUAUCCUCCAGUCAAUUCGAAACCCACUUGUCAGUGGUUUUUACAAGUUGCUCUCUGUCACCAUGAACAUUUCCAAGAAAAUUAAGUAUUACCAGGGAGUUGGCCUUAACAGCUCAGCUUCAUCUCAGAGUGACACAGUGAAAAGUGCUUGUUUUGGACUCUUCUCAAAGUUUGGAAAGGAGGUCUGUGUGAGAAUGAAGCAGUACAAAGAUGAGCUGCUGGCAUCCUGCUUGACAUUUGUCCUCUCACUGCACCACAACAUCGUGGCUGUGGACAUGAAGGUGUACUGUCCUGCUCUGGAGGCGGCUCUGAAGUUGGGUCUUAGCCAUGUCCCUUUGGCUAACGCAGCUCUAGAUGCUCUGGAAGGCUGGUCCAGCCAUAUCCCUCUGGAGACCAUGCAGCCUUGCUACAAGCUCAUCCUCCCUCUUCUGGAUGGAUACCUCAAAACCAACGCCAGCGACAACAAAGACGAUAGCGUAUGGGAGGUGAUGUCCUCUUUGUCCUCAAGAAGUGACAUUGGAUACAACCGAGUGAUGACAAGGCUCCUGAAGAAGUCUAGCCAGUUUGCUAUGGAGGAUGCUCCUCUUACCAUGGUGAGGCUCAGGGUGGUCAAGUUACUCGGUCAUUUGGGUGGGAAGCUCAACAGAAACCUUAUAACUGUGGUCUCAUCAGAGGAGAUGAUGAAAAAGUUUGUGGCCUGGGAUAUUGAGAAGAGGCUCAGCUUUGCUGUGCCAUUCCCUGAUAUGAAGCCAGUCAUCUAUCUGGACCCUUUCUUGCCUCGGAUCAGUGAACUUGCUCUCUCCGCAAGUGACAGACAAACCAAAGUUGCUGCUUGUGAGCUGCUCCACAGCUUAGUCCUCUACAUGGUUGGUAAGAGUGCUCAGAUGGUGGAGGGAGAGAACCGUUUACCACCUAUGUACAAGCUGCACAAGAUGCUUUUUCCUGUGCUGCUGCGUCUGGCCUGUGAUGUCGAUCAGGUGACCAGGCAGCUCUUUGAACCACUGGUUAUGCAACUUAUCCACUGGUUUACUAACAACAAGAAGUUUGAGAGCCAAGAUACAGUAGCUGUUCUUGAAGCUAUUCUGGAUGGUGUUGUUGACCCCAAGGACAGCACACUGAGAGACUUCAGUGGCCGCUGCAUCGAAGAGUUUGUCAAAUGGUCAAUCAAACAAACUAGCCCCAAGCAGCAAGAGAAGAGCCCUACAAACAUGAAGUCGCUGUUUAAGCGAAUCUACAGCUUGGCUCUACACCCCAAUGGCUUCAAAAGGCUGGGUGCAGCUUUAGCUUUCAAUAGUAUUUACAGGCAAUUCAGGGAGGAGAAUUCCUUGGUGGAGCAGUUCAUCUUUGAAGUGCUUGUUAUUUUUGUCGAGAGCCUGGCUCUUGCACACACAGAUGAGCAAUCAAUGGGUACACUGCAGCAGUGUAGCAGUGCCAUUGAUCAUCUGAAACGGAUCAUCAAGUACAAGGCCCCCACUCUCAAUCAGCAAAGUGCUAAGAGACGUAUCCCGAGGGGCUUUCCAGCUGAAGUAAAGCUGUGCCUGUCAGACGUGGUUUUAUGGCUUCUGGAACAAUGUGGUCGACCUCAGACUGAGUGUCGCCACAAAUGCUUGGAGCUCUUCCAUGAGUUUGUGCCUCUCCUCCCAGGAAAUAAAUCUCCACCACAAUGGCUAGAGGGUGUGCUAAAUGAUCGUGGUAUGGGUUUCCUGGUCGCAAAGUUUGAAGGUGGAGGUCUACUUUCCCAACCUACUCUCAGGAACUUGAUGGGCCCUUUCAGCAUUCGCGCCACCCUGCAGUGGAUGGACCUUCUGCUGGCUGCCCUCGACUGCUACAAUACCUUCAUCAGCUUGCAUAUAAUUAAGCCUAAUCACAUGCUUAACUCCAGGGAAGAAUCAAGUUUUCUGCAAGCUGUGCAUUUCUUUUUGACUGAGCUUGCCACCCAAGAGCUGGCUGCAGCAGAGAGCCUCUUCCAACAUGGCCAGAGGAACUCUCACUUCAGUCCAAUAGAGGUGGACCAGUACAACUACAGCAAAUGUACAAUCAUUGUUCGUCUGCUGGAGUUUACCACCAUGGUCCUCGUCAAAGGAGGCCAGGACUUUUGCAAGCUUCUGGAACAAGAUAUUUUCACCUCCAUAUUUUUUGAGCUGACUGCCAUGGUGGUGUGCGAGCCAUACUCUGUGGGUUUCAAUAUGGCAGAUGUGGCUAUAAUAAAGAACCUACCCGAAGUAUGUAUUCCUCUCCUCAAGGCAUUGCUGGCCUCACCAUACCGUGCUCGUCUGGAAUGUAGCGUGAAGAAAAGAAUUUCACAUAAAAGUGUUGACGCGCUAUGUGCUGUCGACUUCUACCAGUCUGGACACCAUGGGCAGUUGGAAAUGGUUCUGUCUUCUUGCAAGCAGAUCCACAAAGCCGGCUUCCUCCACUCCAUUCUGCAAAGCCAAGAUGCAGAUCCUGCCAAAUCACUUCUCAUGGCGGUGUAUAACUGUGUAGCACCUGGUGACAGGAAGUCACUGCCGUCCUUGGAUGUAAAUACCAAGAAGCUAGCUGAGGGCCUACUUGAGCUUGCUUUUGCUCUCAAUCAAAUGGGUGAGCAACUCCUGGACAUACUCCUGACUGGAAGUCACUGCCAGAGCUUCUUGAGCUUCUCUCAUGCCGAAUAUUUCUACAGCCUCUUCCCGACGGCCAUCAACACUGAGUUGCUUCGAAACAUGAAUACUACUGUACCUCGUCUCAUGAUGGCGUCCUCUCUCAACCCCACCAUGGUCAGCGCGUUGCUGAAUGGCAUGCUGGACCACAGUUUUCGGGAGCGUUCUUUUCGGAAAACUCAGGGAAAACAGCUGGUGGAGGAGGUGCUACGAGGAUGGAAUAGGCUCCAGUCAUGGUGGGGUGGCCACGCUUCAAAUGCAGAGAGCAAAACUGCCACUCUCCUGUUACUCUCCAAACUCCUGCAGAUUGACUCCUCUGUGUGCUCCAAUGUCAACCAUGAAGGAUUUAAACAAGUUUUUUUUACUUUUACCAUGCUCCUGGUCGACAGAAGUCUACCCCUGAAUCUCAAGAGUCAAGCCCUGCUGGUGUUACCCUUCUUUACAACCGUCCCGGAGGAACCACUGGCUGAGCUGCAGAAAGCACUUGAAUCCCUGGUGGCCUCCCACUUUCCUAUGCAGUCUGAUGAAUUUGCAAAGGGGUCCCUUCACCGCAACAACUACAUGGACUGUAUUAGAAAGCUGCUGGAUGCCCUUGAGCUUUCUCAGAGCCCACUUCUGCUCAAACUGCUGGCUGGGAUUCUGUGUCGAGACAGAAAGCACAUCAUGGAGGAGCAAUUUCAAACAUGCUUUCAAAGAAUUGCUAAACGACCAAGUGGUGAACGACAGUUACAGCUGCUGUGUACGAUAUAUGGAGUGAUCCAGCAGGGUGAUGUGCCAAGCAGCAGUGUGCUUCAGGCCAUGAUGGAGAGAGUUCUGCUGCCUCUCGCCUCUCACUGUAGCACCAAGACACUCAUUGACUUCUUUGUGGCAAAUGUUGCGGACAUAAUGGCUUUGCUUCUCAGUCGCUUCACCAAGACAGGUGAAUCAACAUUUGAGAUACAGUUGUUGAAGAAGAAUGGCUGCUUCAAGUUGAUGGAACUCCUGUAUUCUCGGCUUCCCAAAGAGGAAGUUUAUUCGAAGGAAUCCCGCAUCAAUUCGGCUUAUUGUGGUGCAGACAAAACUGAAGGGAAUGAGCUGUCAAAGAAAUUGCUCAAGUCAUGUUUUGAAACGUUCACUGAGAAUAUGGCCAGCGAGACUCAGCUCCUCGAGGUCAGGAGACAGUACCACUGUGCUGCGUACAACUGCGCCAUCGCUGCCAUCAGCUGCAGCUUCAGUGAGCCCAAAUUCUAUUAUGGCUUCCUCUUCAGUGACAAACCAGAAAAGAACCAGUUCAUUUUGGAAAAUCUCAUUGAUGUUGAAAGGACCUACAACUUCCCAGUUGUCAUUGAGGUCCCUCUCGAGAGAAAGAAGAAAUAUACUAUGAUUCGAAAAGAAGUGAGCGAUGAGAACGGAGAGGCGCCAGUAUAUUUGUCCUCCCAGUCCUACAUGGCUGACAGCAGUCUGAGCGAGGAGAUGAGUCAGUUUGAUUUCUCGACCGGAGUUCAAAGCUUUUCCUACGGCUCCCAGAAACCUGAAGGAGAGAGACGCGCUGUAGCAAAAGUGCAGACAGAGGAGGCACCUUAUUCCCCAGAUGCAACAGUGGAACUGGAAAUGGACGAGCUAAAUCACCACGAAUGUAUGGCGACCAUGACAGUUCUCAUUGGUCACAUGCAAAGUAACAACAUAACUCCCAAAAUUGAACAGGGAAACGUGCCCAGUGACCUUCCUCCAUGGAUGAAAUUUCUACAUGGAAAACUGAUGAAUCCAGCAACACCACUCAAUAUCAGACUCUUCAUUUCAAAGCUAAUCAUCAACACGGAGGAGGUCUUUAGACCAUAUGCCAAGCACUGGCUGGGGCCACUCCUACAGCUUGUCGUAUCUGGCAGUAAUGGAGGAGAGGGUAUCCAUUUUAUGGUUGUGGAUAUUGUGGUCACAGUGUUGUCUUGGACAAGCUUAGCAAGACCCAAGGGCAAUGUCAGGGAUGAAGUGCUCGCCAAUCGGCUGUUAGAGUUUCUCAUGAAGCAUAGCUUUCACCAACGAAGGUCUGUGUUUCGCCAUAAUCUGGAGAUCAUUCGCACUCUGGUCGAAUGCUGGAAAGACUGUCUGUAUGUGCCUUACAGUCUGAUAUAUGAACGCUUCUGUGGCACGGACCCAGAAAGUGAAGACAACUCUGUUGGACUUCAGUUGCUCGGAAUCGUCCUGGCCAACAAUCUCCCAGCUUACGAUACCUCCUGUGGAAUUCAGUAUGACAGGUACAUCAAGUCCCUCACCAACAACAUGACCUUUGUAAGGUAUAAAGAUGUCUACUCAGCUGCUGCUGAAAUUAUUGGGCUCAUCCUAAAGAACUUGACUGACAACGAAAGCCAUCACCAAGAACUUCUCAAUCUCGCUGUAAGUCAGAUAACAAGUCUGAAGAAAAAAGAAAUGAAUGACAAGUUCAUUAUUUGUGUGAACAAAGUGUCAAAGCACUUUCCGCCUUUUAUGGAUAGGUUUGUCAAUCCUGUGUUCUACCAGCUGCCAAAGUUGCACGGCUUACUAAAGUUAAACUGCUUGGAGUGUGUUUUAAGUCGAGCUGAUGCCAUUCCAGAUAUUUUUUUGCAACUUAAGACCACAGGAUUCAUUCGGAUGAUGGCUCAUCGGGAUGAAGCAAUGCAGAGAGUGUGUCUUGAAAUCAUCCACAAAAUUCUUGCUCGCCUGACACCGCCUCAGCUUCAGGAGUUCCUUGGAGCUGUGACAUCGUUCGUUUCCCACCCUUCACCAGUGUGCCGAGAGAGAAUGUACGACAUCCUCAUGUGGAUCCAGGACAACUACAGUGAUGAAGAGAGUAUGACAGACAGCAUCUCACUGGAGGUUUUGAAUGCAGCGAAAGAGACACUACUUCAAGGAUUUUCUGAAGAGAACCAAAGUCUUCAGUUGUAUGUUCGUAAUUUCUGGAGUCAAGAGAAGCGCCUUCCAACCACGACUCUGGAGCGAAUGUUGACAGUGCUUCAUUCGUUGUACAGCUGUCAAAUAGAGAGGUGUUUCUUAAGCCUGGCAACCAAUCUCUUGUUGGAAAUGACUAGUCAGAGUCCUGACUUCCAAAGAAAUAUAUUCGAGUAUCCUCUCUCGGAGUGCACCUUCCAGGAUUAUUUGAUUGAUUCCAACUGGCGCUCCAGGAAUACGGUGAUGACUCCAAUGUUUGUUGAAACACAAAGCUCUCAAGGCCCUGAAAGCUUGGCACUGUCCCAGUCAGGAGCCAUGAAGGGGAAGCUUCGAGCCACUCAGACCUCACUUCAGUUUACCCAAACCCAAAUACCAGGUCGACACACAGCAUAUAACUGGCUUACCGGCAGCAGUGUGGACACAUUUGCAGAGUAUUCGGUGUCUGAGUCAUUGUCCUCCUUGUUGGUGUUUGAAAAGAAUGCGACGAGGCAAAGUACCGCAAGACGACCAGUAGGAAAAGGCUUUGGACAAGGGCGCCUCACCACAUUGACAGACGAGGUGGACGGUCAUGUAAAAGCAGAGAAUGAGAAACGUCAACAAAUCCUUCGAUUGAAACGCAGAUUUCUCAAGGACCAGGAGGAAAGCCUCAUUUUUGCACAAAAAGAAGUCCAAAAACAAAAGCGACUGAAGGAGCAAAAAGCGGAUCAAAGACUGCGAAAAGAGGCUGAGGUGACACUGUAUCGCAACUACAGAGUGGGAGACUUUCCAGAUAUCCAAAUCCCAUACAGUAACAUUAUUGCCCCCCUUCAAGCUGUUGCACAGAGAGAUCCAAUUCUGGCCAAACAGCUGUUCAGUUCGCUGUUUACCGGCAUCCUCCAAGAAAUGGAGACUCAGAAACCCAGGCAGCAAGCAAUUGAAAUUAAGGAAGACCUUCGAUGCACCAUGAACAAAUUUCUUGGCAAGAGUACGCUCUGCUUCCCACCAUUUAUUGCAUGUGUGCAGGACAUGUGCUACCGGCAUAAAGACCUGCUGCAUAUCGAUCCAGCACUCAUCAGCUCCACGAGCCUCGCAAGUCUCCAGCAGCCGUUGGGCGUCCUGCUUUUGGAAGAAGGUCUGCUGCACAUUGGCAUCCAGGAUGAACCUCCUACCAAAAGGUCACGAAAAGGACUCCACCCAGAUACCCAAAAAUGGGUCCACCUUGCAAGGCUUUACAGAGAUUUGGAGGAUUAUGAUGUUGUACGCGGCAUCUUUGGCGGUAAAAUUGGGACCAUGCCAAUCACCAGUGCUGCUCUGCAAGCUGAAGCCAGCACUGACUUUGCUGAAGCUGCUAAACUAUACAAUGAGGCUCUGAAUACGAAAGACUGGCCUAAUGGCGAGCCCACUGACUCUGAGAAGCACUUUUGGGAAAUAGCUGCAAUGGAGGCCUACAGCCAUUUGACUGAUUGGAAGUCUCUUAAGUACUGUUCCACGGGUUACAUCGAUGAAAAUACUCCUGCUAACCUGGAGAAAAUGUGGCUUGAGCCUCUCUACCAGGAAAUGUACCUGCCGCACAUGAUUCGAAGCAUGCUCAAGCUCCUGCAGUUGGGUGAGUGGGACCAAAGUCUCCUCAGCUUCAUGGACCAAGCCAUGAAGGUGGAGGAGCGCAAAAAGCUGCUGGAGAGUCAUUACAGCCAAGAGCUCAGCUUACUCUACAUCCUGCAGGAGGACUAUGACCGUGCUAAAUACUACACCAACUCUGCCAUGCAGCUGUUUAUGGAGAAUUACUCAAGUGUAGACGCAUUGCUGACACAGAGUCGUCUAACCAUCCUGCAGUCAGUGCAGGCCUUGACGGAAAUCCAGGACUUCCUGCAGUUUAUCAAAGGAGAAGUGUCUGUGACAUCCCUCAAGCGGCUCAUCAGUUCAUGGACUGAGCGAUAUCCUGAUUCUAAAAUGGAUCCAGUGAACGUCUGGGACGAUAUCAUUACAUCCCGAUGUUUCUUCCUGGACAAAAUCAGGGAAAAGCUUCAAAGCCAUGCAGACACCGAUAGCAUGGAGGUGGAUGAGGCUGAAGACACUGCAGAGGACCUUAACACUUUAGUAAACAACUGCAAGUUCGGCAUGAAACUGCACAUGGCCGAUAGCGCAAGGAAGCAGAACAACUUUUCUGUUGCCACCAAGCUGAUGAAGGAACUUCACAGAGAUGCUAAAACAAAUAGAAAAUGGUUACUGCGGUGGGUCCACAGUUUUAGCCGGUACAGCCAUAAACGCAGCCAAGCUCAGGGUCCUUUGGAGCAACUCAAUAUCAUGCUGAAGACCGUCCCGCUUUUGCAGGAUAUUCAGGUUGACUGCCAGAGUGCCACAUCUGAAGUGUACAGACACCAAAGGAUCCUUCAAGGAACAUCUUUCCACAUCAUGGCCACGGCUGUAAGCAGAAGCCCCUCAGUUCUGGAAACUAUUGAAGCUGACAAAGCCGAAAGAAUUGUCAAACUUUCAGAAAGCGUUUGGCCUGUUCAAGAUCUGAAGGAAGUGGAAGUGGGGCUACAGUUGCGAGCCUUGACGCUGAUGCGUGAUGCCGCCAGAAAGGCUGAUGAGGAGCUGCAGACUUGUAAAGGGAAAUGCACGGAAACCAGCAGCAUUGUAGAAACAUACAUGUGUUUAGCCGAUUUCUGUGAUAAACUUCUGCGUCGGGAGGAUGAGGGAGACACGAAAAAUCCAUUCCCAGACCUCUUGACACUCCCAGUUUAUGUAGUCGAAAACAUGUUGAAAGCCUUGAAGUUGAACUCUGAGGAGGCUCGUCUCAACUUCCCCCGACUACUUCAAAUCAUUGAGUUGUAUCCUUCUGAGACGCUGGACCUCAUGACGAACAAGAUGGCGUCAGUGCCCUGCUGGAUGCUAAUUGGUUGGAUCAGUCAGAUGGUAGCCCUUUUGGACAAGCCUCAAGCUGUGGCCGUGCAGCACUGCAUCCAGCAAAUAGCGGAAUGUUACCCUCAAGCUCUGGUUUAUGCUUUAAUGAUCAGUAGCGAAAGUUACCACUUCGAGGGCUCUGCCACUGGCCACUGUCAGCAGGAAUUUGUCAACAGGAUUAACAACAUGCUGGACAAGGGAGGAGCUGUGAAGAAAUUUGUGGAUGCACUGCAACAAUUCACAAAUCCUGAUAUGAUUUUUAGGGACUGGUGGGAAAAUGUAAAAAACGAAUUGGGAAAGCCUGACUUCAACAUGGAGAAAAUGGAGAACAUGUACAACGAGAUGUACUCUUCACUUGGGGAUUGCCAAAAAGAUGGUCAUGGGAUAUUUCGCAAGAAAUUUAUCCAAAAAUUUGCUAAGAAUGUAGAGAGUUUGCUGGGAAGGAAAGGCAGCAAACUUUUUGAGAAGAGGAGACAGAAAAGCUUUGUGCAAAAGGUGGAUCAGUUGGCAAUGUCCAUGCGGAACUGUCAGGCGGAACCCGGGAACCUGAAGGAGUACUCGCCCUGGCUGAGUGCUUUUCAGGCAGACUUGUUCAGAAACGAGCUGGAGAUCCCCGGUCAAUAUGACGGCAGAUCCAAACCUUUGCCAGAGUACCACGCCAAGAUAACUGGAUUUGAUGAGAGGGUAAAGGUCAUGUCAUCUAUUCGCUGUCCCAAACGUCUGAUCAUCCGUGGCGACGAUGAGCGCGACCACCCUUUCCUGGUGAAGGGCGGAGAGGACCUCCGACAGGACCAGCGCAUCGAGCAGCUUUUUGCCGUCAUGAACAUUUUGCUGAGUCACGACGCGGCAUGCGCUCGCAGAGGCCUGCAGCUCCGCACAUACCAAGUCAUCCCCAUCAACACGAGAAUUGGUCUAAUUGAAUGGAUGGAGAACACAUGUACUUUGAAGGAGUUUCUGUCAGCCACUAUGACGGAGGAGGAGUCACUUAGGGCAGCCAGGUCUCGUGACAUCUACAAUAAGUGGCUGUCCACUUUUUCUCGAAAAUCAGAAGAGUCUGGGGUAACACUGUAUGCUGCAGCUUACAUGAGAGCAAAACGCGCUGAUGCUAUCAGCAACUUUUCCAACGUUUCGCAGCAAGUGCCCGCUGAUCUCCUCAAGAGAGCUUUCCUUAAGAUGUGCAACAGUCCUGAAGCCUUUCUUUCCCUGCGCUCCCACUUCAUCAGCUCGCAUGCGUUACUGUGCGUCAGCCAUUGGCUGCUAGGCAUUGGGGACCGUCAUAGCUCCAACUUCAUGAUCAACACGGAAACGGGAGGCAUGAUUGGCAUCGACUUUGGUCAUGCAUUUGGCUCAGCCACGCAGUUCCUUUCGGUCCCCGAGCUCAUGCCUUUCCGACUGACCAGACAGUUUGUCAAUCUAAUGCAACCCGUGAAGGAGUCCGGUUUGAUCCAGAGUGUCAUGGCGCACUCCCUCCGAGCGUACAGGAACGAACCGGACCUGCUGCUAAACACAAUGGAUGUGUUCGUCAAGGAACCAUCGCUGGACUGGAAGAACUUUGAAAUAAAGCAACUGAAGAAGGGAGGUACGUGGACAAAGAGCGUAGAUACCAACGAAAUCAACUGGUAUCCUUUGCAGAAGGUGAACUUUGCCAGACGAAAACUGGAGGGUGCAAAUCCUGCCACUAUAACCAGUGAGGAGCUAAAGCUGGGCUUCGAGAAGGACCCGGCCUUCCAGGGGAUGCAGUCGGUCGCCCUGGGGACGCCUGAGCAUAACAUCCGCGCAAGGGAACCGUCCGCGGGUCUGUCCGUGGAGAAGCAGGUGGACUGUCUACUCGACCAAGCCACGGACUCAAAUGUGCUUGGGAGAACGUGGGUGGGCUGGGAGCCGUGGUUGUGAUGACUCAUGUUGCGUUUGAUUGCGAACAGGUUUGGCGGGUGCGGUUACCCAAACUGCUAACGCAACUAAAUGUGCCAGCAAGUCUAAUGGUGGAAAAAGACAACUCUCAUUCAAAAUGCAUUAGCAGUAGCUUUACCUCUGCAGCCAAUUCAGCGACUUUUCCGACCCCUUUUUUCUUUUAAUUAUGACAUCAUCAAACACACACACAUCUGGACUAAGCCUGCAGCUUUGCAUACCUUGAUGUAGUAGCCUCCAUAAGUGUACAACCCAUCAAAAAGUACAUUUUUCAUAAUAUGCACACUUUACGUAAUGUGAUAAGUGUUUGCUUAAAUUGUUGGUAUUGUUGUAUUGGUAAUUACAAAUAAAUGUUAAGAAGUUUGGAA